AUGGGCUGCUUCCAGUCCAAAACAGCACACCUCCCUUCCCCAGACCAAGACCCUCCUGUCCCAGAUCCAGCUAAUGGAGAGGAAUUAGAAGAUGAACAAGCAGUUCCUGCUUUCAAAGAGUUCAGUCUAGCAGAGCUAAGAGCAGCCACCAAUGGGUUCAACUCAGAACUUAUAGUCUCCGAGAGUGGGGAGAAGGCGCCCAAUGUUGUUUACAGAGGCAAGCUUCGCAAUAAUCGAUUGGUGGCCGUUAAACGCUUUUCUAAGCAAUCUUGGCCCGACCCACAUCAAUUUUUGGCGGAGGCUGCUGGGGUCGGCAAGGUUAGGCACAAACGAUUGGUGAAUUUAAUCGGGUGUUGUGCUGAGGGAGAUGAGAGGCUGUUGGUGGCAGAGUACAUGCCUAAUGAUACUCUCUCAAAGCACCUAUUUCACUGGGAGAAACAGCCAUUGCCAUGGGAUAUGCGUGUGAGAGCUGCAUACUAUAUUGCACAAGCCCUUGAUCAUUGCAAUACAGAAAACCGAAAACUGUAUCAUGACUUAAAUGCAUACAGAGUUCUCUUUGAUGAG